AUGGGGAAACUCGUUGGACUCAUUAGUUCAGGCAUCGGCCUUGCCAUGGAAGCCAAAACGUCCUAUGGAUCUUCAAAUAACAAGACCUAUGUCAAAGAUGGAAGUCUCCCACUUCGAACAUCCUCGAAGACAUAUCAAAAUAUUAAUAACGAAGAAGCAUAUCGAGAUAUUCAAGCCUAUUCCGAUUAUCAAAAUAUCCUGUCCGAUCGCAUAAAUGCAGACAUGCAGAAAGAUGAGAGUUAUCGAAGAUAUUUAACGGAGAGUCCUCGAGCUUCACCAAAAGGAAGCACAUACGAACGUGAUAUUCCCUUCUAUGCUCACGAGCUACCAGAGCAACGAACUCAACCAGUAAGAGGACUUUCUUGUCCUGUAAUACUACCACAACGAAGACCUGAAGAUCAGAGUCGUGGUAUCAUCCGAGCGUAUUCCCCAGAGCUAGCAGACUGCGGAAUAGAUCAAAUGACUUUUAUAAAGUUCAUUGAUGAUUUCAAUGAAGCCCAUAAAUCAUCUCCCUAUCUCGAUGCCGUUAAUGUGGCAGCUCAAGGUGUUGGAUUUGCACCCGGUAUUGCUCCAAUGGUUGUAUCCAUGGUCGUCCCAAUUGCAGUCAAAGCUGCCAAAGGUUACCAAACACAAAGACAAUCGACCUCUUUUCUAGACCAAGCCAAUACAGAACUUUUCAUCCCACACGGUCUCUUUGCCAUGGUUCUAACAUUCAAACCAAAUCAAACACAGGAUCCAUAUGGAGUACCAAAACAAAUGCAACUUCCACCUUCAGCACCCCUCAUCUAUCCCGAAGACGAAAGACGUUCCCAGCAAACAGGCUUGAAGAAAAUGGGCCACUUCAUCGCCGAUUAUGGAGAUCGAAGAGCCCAAGCUCGAUAUGCCUAUAACAAUCCCAAUUCAUCAUUUGCUAGUCCACUAGCGACAUUUGAAAGCCGUUGGGCGGAUCCAAAUCAUCCCGCCAAUAGCAGCGGACUUAAAAGCCUCCUCACUGGUAUCCCAGACGAUAAGAGCUCCCGCAAGCAAGAAAAGGAAGAUCGUAAACGAGAUAGAAAAGAUCGCCAUCGCAGAGGAAGUUCAAGUAGUGAUUUAUCAAAAAGAAGUGGACUAUUAAGCACCACACUUAGCGCAGCAGGGGAAGCGAGUGGAAGAGAAAAUCUCUCCGGAAGCAGACGACCAAGCUCAGUAGGAACAGCAAGAGGGAUGAUCAACGGGCCAAAAGAACAAAAUCAGAGUAUAAUCAAGGGGAUUAAAAGUCUAGGGAUGAAAACUGAUAUCUUACACUUGAUGAUAACGAAUAACACCGACGACGAACAAGUCUCAACUUCAUCGACGAGAUCUCAAAUCCCAUUCAUCUAUACAUCAGCAAUUCCACCAUUUCAUUCCCAAUCCACAUACCGGGACCCAGAUAUUCGACUUCAUUCAUACGAGCUAAACCAAAAUCUCACUUAUACCCAUUGCACCACACGUCAAGGUCAUGAUGUUCCACCAUCAGCAUACAGAGAAGAAGCUAUAAUACCGACGAGAUAUUAUAAUCAUGAUCAGAUAAGACGAGAGGAAGAGGAAUUUUGUAUUCCUACUUUAUGA